AUGGCUCGAGAGGAGCUCAUCUCCUCGGCUGUUACCUUUCUACAGGAUCCGUCCGUAGCAACCUCGCCGCUGGAGAAGCAGGUUGCUUUUUUACAGUCAAAGAACCUUACACAAGAAGAGAUAGAUAUUGCUAUUGCAAGAGCUCGUGAAGAGACUGUACAAUCGACGGCAGCGACAACGAAUCCUCCCGUUGGAUAUAAUCAACAGCAAUCUCCUAUCUACCGGCCAACGCCUCCUCGGUCAGGCUAUGGGUAUGCGCCGUACGGUCAAUGGCAGCCUCCUCCAGAGGUCCCGAGAAGGGACUGGCGAGACUGGUUUAUAAUGGCGACAAUAACCGGGGGCGUUGGUUAUGGAUUAUAUGUCUUGGCAAAGAGAUAUGUGGUGCCACUUGUAGCUCCUCCCACCCCUCCACAGCUAGAACAAGAUAAGCAGAGCAUUGAUGACGAAUUCGCCCGCGCUUUUGCCCUGAUCGAUCAACUAUCUACUGACACGGCGGCUUUGAAAUCGGCCGAGGAAGCGCGAACAGAACGCUUAGACGCUGCUCUACGUGAAGUCGAGAACGUAUUGUCGGACUUGAAGUCAUCCACACAGCGACGAGACGAUGAAACUCGUCGAAUAAGUGACGAGGUCAAGAAUUUAAAGGAUAGUAUACCUAAAGCACUCGAAGGUGCAAGGGAAGGAAAUGAAGACCGACUUAAAGAGCUUGGCACGGAGCUGCGAAGUCUCAAAACCCUGUUGAAUAAUCGUCUUAGCGCUGGAAGCUCUGUUGCCACACCGAUAUCAGGACGCCCAGUCGGAUUGGCUACUACAACCGAGCCAGCAUCAUCAUCUACUCCCGGUGGCUCUGUGACAUUGCCGUCUAAUACAGCCUCGGCCAGUGCCCCUACUGCUUCUGCGUCUGGCAGUCAAACACCCAGCUCUUCAACUUCAAAUAACCCGCUGUCCCAGCUGGGCAGACCUGCUUCAAUUCCUGCCUGGCAGAUGGCCGCUGCUAACAGGUCAAAGACGCCGUCUCAGCCAACUUCAUCUACUCCCGGCGAUGAGCCGCAGAGCAACGCGCCUGCGAGCUAG